AUGCAUCGUGAGCGGAACUCAACUAAAAGUAAUGUUAAUGAUCACAAUGAUGAUUUAAGUAAUAUUUAUUCAUCACAUCCGCGUUUACUUUUACAAAAAACAUCAGAUUAUAGUAGUGGUAACCGACAACAUCAAAGUUUACCUCAAAAAUCAAUAAAUCCGUAUAGUGAUUUACCAUUAUUAAGUCGUCUACGUGCUUCAAAGUCAUUAUCUCAUAGUACAAAUGUAGAUGCAUCUUAUGACACCGAUGGAGCACUGACAAGAUCUAGAAAUAUAUCAAAACAUCAUCGUGAUAGUAGUAAUAAUUAUGAAUUUUUGGCAUCACCAAGACUGUCUGUACGAUCAUCAAUGAAGGAAUCGUCAAAACAAGUGUCAGUUGUUCCCCUUCAACAUCGAUUAUCAGACAAAGUUCGUCUUACUGCUCAUGCAUCCCUUCCUAACACACAAAAUGAUGAUGAUGAUAGAGAUGGAGCUUUAAACUAUGACAAUGAUAGACGCCGUCGACAUAUUCGUCUUAGUCGUCGUGUUCAUCACUCAUCUAUUCCUAGUGGAUAUCAUGGAGCAAAUGGUAGACCGCUUGCUGCUACACCUUCAGUGAGACCAUUAAGAAUCAUUUUUGUUCGUCAUGGUGAACGAGCCAAUCAAGCACUUGGUUCAAAUUGGUUUAAUAAAGCUUUUCGUACACGUACAUAUAAAUCUUACGAUCCAAAUUUGCCAAUUAUUUUGCCCAAAAGACGUUUUAAUCAAGCGUAUGAAUUUGAUGUACCAUUAACAGUUCGUGGUUUAAAAACUGCUCGUCUUACAGGACAUAUUCUAAUGAAUUAUAAUGUCGUAGUUGAUGUCUGUCUUUCAUCAACAGCUCUUCGUUGUAUACAAACAUGUGAACGUAUUCUAACAGGUAUGGAACGUCGUGAUCGUAUUCCAAUUCGUAUUGAACCUGGCCUAUUCGAAUGUCCUCAUUUUCAUCACAAACUAGUCGAUAGUUUUAUGACAAAAAAAGAAUUAAUUGCAAAUAGUUAUAAUAUCAAGCGUGAAUAUAAACCAAUAAUUCCAAAAGUAACUGCACCAGAAACAUUAGAUGAAUAUUUUGAAAGAAGUGCUACGGUUAUGCGUGGAAUUAUUAAUAGAUAUGGUAUGUAUGGUGGUACAAUACUUAUUGUUACACAUGCACCAGGUUUAUUAGCUUUGACCAAUGCAAUAAAAGGAUUAAAACCAAAUACGGAAACAUUUUAUCGUACUGUAUCAACAUACUCACCAUUAGCAAUGUGUCUUGCUGAAUAUGAUGGAUCAAAAUGGAACUAUUCGGAUCAACCGUUUAAUCCUAUUUCGAAUGGGCAAUAA